GAGGAGAGGGGAAGCACGGCCGGGGGGACGCGUGGAGGAGCACAUCACUUGGAUGGGAUAAAAAUUGGGAAAAAGCCUCAAACAUUUAAUCUUACAUGUUGGAAAAUGCUCUUCUAGCGUGAGACCUAAUAGCAUCACCUGCGUUUUUCCUUCUUCUUUUGGACACCAGCACGAAGCUUGUGCAUUCAUUCAAGUUGUGUGUGUGUUUUUUUUUCUCAUUUUGAUUUUUUCCUCGAAGUCCACCUUGCUUGGAGACAGAGGCCGGGACAAGAUGGGGAGCGAGCAAUACUUACCGGAGCUUCUGGCAGAGAAGGACACGCUGGAUCCAGCUUUCAGGCACUCACUGCGGCUACUGGAGCAAGAAAUUGAAAAGAUUCAGAAGGACGAGGGCAAGGAGGAGGAGAAGUUCAUCGACGUCGUCAUCAACAAGAACAUGAAACUGGGCCAGAAAGUUUUGAUACCAGUCAAGCAGUUUCCUAAAUUUAACUUUGUCGGAAAACUUCUGGGGCCACGCGGGAACUCGUUAAAAAGGCUACAGGAAGACACCCUCACAAAGAUGUCCAUUCUGGGCAAAGGGUCCAUGCGAGACAAAGAAAAGGAGGAGGAGCUACGGCAGAGCGGCGAGGCCAAGUAUCACCACCUGAACGAGGACCUCCACGUCCUCAUUGAGGUGUUCGCCCCGCCGGCUGAAGCCUACGCCAGGAUGGGUCACGCUUUGGAGGAGAUCAAGAAGUUUCUCAUUCCAGAUUAUAAUGAUGAGAUCAGACAGGCCCAGCUGCAGGAGCUCACAUAUCUGAAUGGAGGCUCGGAGGAUGCCAAGGUGCCAUCGGUGAGGGGAAAGUCAGCCGCCCGUGGGAGAGGGACACUAGUCCCAGGACCCCCCAGGACUCGAGGCGGAGUCCCUCCACUGCAUGCGGCCGUGCCCAGAGGAGCAGCCCCCAGAGGAGCUCCGCCCAGCCGCACAGCGUCCACCAGGGGGAGGGGGGUGCAGAGAGCCAGAGCAGCCCCUCCGGCAGCUGGAUACCGAGCUGCUCCUCCCAUAGUCCAGGACACCUAUGAUGAAUAUGACUACGACGACGACUACGGAACAGCGUAUGACGACCAGGGUUACGAGUCGUACGACAACAACUACACUAAUCAAGGACAGAACUCAGAUGACUACUAUGAAUACGGACACAGCGGAGAAUCGUACGAGUCGUACGGUCAAGAAGAGUGGGUGAACGGUCGCGGCAAGGCGCCGUCGGCGAGGACGACCAAGGGAGUGUACAGAGAGCAGCCCUACUCCAGAUACUGAUGAACUGUGUCCCCCUGGAUGGUACAAGCCAAGUUGGGGGCCAGUCCGCCUGGACCAUCCAUCAUCUCACUGGUACUUAAGAUGUGAUAAACCGCACAAAAGAAAACCCCCAAAAGGCUCCCAAAGAAAUCUCCCUAUUGGCAAGAGUGUUGGACUAACAUUCACGGGUGAAUCCUGCAGGGGAAGUGAAGGCAAUAAAAAAAAAUAAUAAAACAUGUUUGGCACGUCUGCUGAGAAGGCGAGAAGGGGUGGAGACCGAGAGGGAGAAAAGCCGUGAGCCAAAUGGAGUUCCUCUCCUCGCUCUCUGGAGAUGAUCAGUCAGAGAAUAUUUCCCUCACAUUUCCUUGUAUACGUUUGACGUCCACGCAGGAGUGCUCUGAACUGACUGUGAACCUGCGCUGCUUUUCAUUAAGAGGGAGGAGUCGUCAUCUUCCUCCUCCGUGAGACAUCACUUGACACUUAUUAGCUAAGAAAGCUAAAUAAGUGAUGCUUUAUAUGCAAACAGGAGUGACAGCGAGCUCAUUACAGCCACCAUCAUCAAGAAAUAAGUGCCUUGGCUUCUUGUCCCAUUGUGGCUAAAAAAAGGCAGCUACUUCUUCCCCAGAAUUCCGUACACAUGACGGAGGCGUUCCAAAGCCCCACCCAUCUGCAUUCCACUUGUACCUCUUAAUGAGAAGCGACUCGGGUGGCUGUUACAAAUCCAGAAUAGCUUUCAGCAGGGACGGGGGGGCUUACAGUACAAGUCCACAAAGCCCGGCCGUACUCCGUCGCGGCGUGUUAUGUCCUGGCUGGCAGACAAUGCUUUUCCAUUAGAGGAAGCGAAUCUCGCCGGAGACCUCGGGCAGAGGCUCAGACAAUAACAAUCGACCCCACGCUUACAUGCUCCUGGCCCCCGCCACCUCCUUGAGGGGGGGGGGGGCUGACUGUCUCUCUCUGAAGUGACUUCAAAUAACAAUGUUAUCUGGAGCCGACUAGUCCUGGUUGGUAAAGUAAACUGGGAUUCUUUGAUGAACCGCGGAGGCGACCAAGCAGCUACUGGACCCAACUACCUUGUACUUGUACUUCUAACCUGGGCCCACUUUGGGCUUAGGUGGACAUUUCUCAUACGAUGUCAGACAUUUCUCAGCACCAAUCAGAAGCGUUCAAAGCAAACUAUAAAGUACACACAGCGACACACCCGCAGUAAAUAAAAAAAUAAAAAAACACCCAUGCCAACUUUUAAACUACAACACACGAGGGAACUUCUGAAGACAUGUUUAGUAAACCCACAAGGUAACAAUAAAAACACCCAUGGUAAAUCCAAACUACAACAACACACAUGGGGUGACAAAAAAAACACACCAAUAGUAAAUCCUAAUUACUAUAGACAUGAUAUAUAAGACUAUAGCACACAAUGGAACUAUAAAAUCACCCGGAGUAAAUCAAAACCGCAGCAACACACCCAUGGGAAAUGAAAACAAGGCCCUGUGGUAAAUCAAAAUCCAAAGUUAACACACAGUAGACAGUAGCAGACAGUACAAAAAAAAAAAACA